AAAAAAAAAAAAAAAAAAAAAAAGGUCGACAUAAUUUUUCUUUUCUCUUUCCUUCCAUUGGCAAAUCAAACUACGUACGAUGCGGUCUACUAUGAAAGUGGCUAUGGCUGUUUCUCGAACAAUCCAAACUAAUGCACCAUCUUCACAACGACUCAUUUACACAACUCCAAGUGCUCUUUUGGUAAAACUGGCCAAAGUGUUUUCCAUCUCGACUUUGACUGUAAGUUAUUCAGUUCUCUCAUAUUUUAUUUAGUAUUGAUCUUAAUUUUUCUUAUUCACCUAUAGCUCUCCUCUAUAUCCACUCCAGCUCUCAUGUACUUUUGGGAAUCUCCAGCAGUUCAAUCAACAGGGCUCAAUGAAUAUUUAUUUUUAACUGAAUCUACCGCGCGGUAUGUUAUUUUGAACUAUCUUUUUACAGCAUUAGCCGCCAGUACUUGUUCCACUGGAGCACUUCAUUUUUUAUUAUCACCUUUUAUUAGCAGCAUCUAUUUACAUGAUAACAACAAACAUCGAGUCAAUAUUAUCGAUAACAAUGGUUCUGAUAGCAAAUCAUCGACAACCUCCAUCAUUACACCCAAAACAACCAUCACAUUGGAAACCAUGGAUCUCUUUGCCCGGCCAAAACUGACUACCGUUCAACUUCAAGAUCUCAAACCAUCAACACGAUCUCUACUCACAUGGACAUGUACAAAGCAAUAUCUGGCAAAUCAUCCCGAGACAUCUCCUGGUCGAUUCUGGUUGGAUAAACGCGGUGGUGUUGGUGAUCAAAAUGCCAUGCGUCAAAUUGUGCAAGUCAUCGAAAAGCAAGACAAACGUAAUCGUAUACUAUAGACUAUUAGAUCCCAACUCCUUUUUUUUUCGUGUAGAAUAGAAUAGAAUAAAAAAAAAGAAAUCCUCUUCUUUUACAUCUCUUU